AUGGAAAAAGGAGUAAAUGUUGUAAACGAAAACAACGAAAUAAAAAGGAUUUUGAAAAAUAUAAAAGAUAGUGAAAAUACGAAAGAUAAGUUUGCUAACAUUUUAAAGUUGACGAAAAACACCAAGGAUUUAAAAGAAAAGGAUAAAAUUAGUGUUCUAAAAGCAAUAGAUGUGGAAUUUCUUUGUUUAUUAUUACGUUCAAAAUAUGAGUUUAAAUUAUUUACUCUUCGUUUAAUUAAUAGCUUAAUAGCAAAUUCUACUGUUAUUCAUUUAAAAAAAUGCAUACCUUUUAUUAUUCCUGAUGUUCAUAAUUAUUUAACGUAUAUAAAAAAGGUAAAUAGGAAAAUAAACAAAACUAAAAAGGCAAUAAAAAGUUGUAGUCACUUAGAAAGGGGGCGUAAUCAAGAGCGCAAUGAUGAACGAACAUGUGUAAGGAAUAGUUGGAGUAGUGAGGAAAAGCAUACGGAUGAGGAGAAGCAUACGGAUGAGGAGAUGCAUACGGAUGAGGAGAAGCAUACGGAUGAGGAGAAGCAUACGGAUGAGGAAAAACAUAGCGAUGCGCUAGAAGUUUGGGAUAGUAUAAAAGACAUGAACUCGUUUUAUAUCGAAUUUUUAACUUUUUUUUUGAAAAUUGAACCAUUUUUAAAGAAAGAUGAAAUGAUUGUGGUAAGCAACUAUUUCGACUCCAAAAAUUAUGAUAUUGAUGUUGAUGUGGAAAUGUACUUUUUUUGCAAAAGCUUAAGAAAAAAGUUUAGAGCAGAAAAUGUUACAAGUAGCAAAGGUGAUGUAAUUAUUAAAAAGUCCGAUAAUGAGAACAACUGUAAGUUGAAUAAUGAAAAAAGAGAAGAAGUAGUCAACAAUAUGGUUAGUGAAUUAGAUGGUAGCAGUGAGGAUGGUCUGUAUACAUAUUCUACGGCAUGUUCAGAUGAUAAGGAAUACGUUAAUUCUGAAAAGGAUGUCCUUUAUUCUUGUAAUGACCAAGUUAAUUUAAUUGAGCUAGUUUUGGGAAUUUUAAGAGAAAACAUUACUAUUGAAGAAGUAUUGAGCGGAAGAGAAAAAAACAAAAAAAAAAAAAAAGGUCAAGUGGAAGAAAAAAUGAGAGUGAACGCAAGGGAAAGUAAGAAUAGAAGACUUGAAGAAAAGGUAAAAGGUAACGAAGUAGAAUGUGUAGAAAAAUAUAGUAGAAGGGAUAUGCUACAUGAUGACGAUGUUGAAACAUAUAGCUUGGUGUCCAUACUGGAUGAUGAAUAUAAUCAUCGUGCCUUAUUAUUAAAAAAAGAAAGUAUAAAUAUAUCCUUGCAUUUUUUGAACAAUGUAAUUAUAAAACUUAAUGAUAUUAAAUUUAUAAAGGAAUAUUUUCAUUUGUUAAAUAGAGUAAUUGAAAAUUAUGAUAAGGAGAACAUAGUAACUUCGAUGAACUGUUUAACUAAUUUAAAUAUAUAUUUAAAAAAAAAUGGUUUUAAUCUUAAAAAUGUGUUGGAUGAAAAUAGUGUUUAUAAAUUCUAUGCAAAUAUUAUUUAUUUAUUUUCAAAGCUAAAAACAGAAAAAGAGAAAGUACUAUUAUAUACUUUAUACUCAACUAUAUAUACAUGCUUAAAAUUUAUGUGUGUAAAUAAAAACUCUGUAGAUAUUAUUAAAACCCCUUUGUCCUAUAUGAAUAUAGAAUUAUAUUUAUUUUUUGACGAUGUUAUAAAAUAUGGUAACGAGAGUGGACCUAAGAAGUAUAUGUUUUAUAACAGCCAUGUUAAAUCGAUGAUUCGGUUGAUUUGUAGUAACAUUGAGCAUAUGGUAACGUUCGUGAGCGGUGAGUAUUCUAUGGAUGAGGGGGGCGUUGAUGAUGAUGAUGAGGGUGCUAAUGAUAAUACUAUCGCUGGCGCUUACAUUGCUACUGCCGCUGCUGCUACCUCUACCUCUACAGCUGAUGGUGGAUGUGCAUCGCGAAACGGAAGAUUUGUAGACCAACUCGAAGAAUAUUCUCCUGGUGUACGUGCAAAAGAGGGCUUCCGAAAAAAUAAAUACGUUGGUGACGAUAACUUAAUGGAUGGUAUUUCUAGCAAAGAAGUACAAAGGAAGAACGUGCCUUCACCGAACUCGAGUAAUAACAAAGACGAAUGUAUAACUGAUAAGAAAAAGAAAAAGGGAAAAACAUACAUUGGUGGUAAUGCUUUAUCGUCAAAAAAAGAGAAAGAAAAAAAGCUAUUUAAUAAUAAAGACAAAAAUCAAAUUGAGUUAAAUGACAUUUAUGUAAUUUUAAAUAAAAUAAAACAAACAAUUAAAUUAUUAUUAGAAUUUUUUAAAGAUUUAAAAGCCAAUUUUAAAACACGAAAUGAAGAUUGUAACCAUCUUAAAUUAUUUAAAGAAACUUUUAAUGAAGAAAUAAAUUCUUUGAUACGUCUAUUUUGUAAUUAUUUAAUUCAUGAUAUGGAUCCAUAUAUGGACGAUUUUCUAAAUUUAUUAGACUUUUUUGCUAUUUGUGCAGAUGAUCAAAAUUUUUUUUUUUUCAUUUUUGUUGUAAAACAUAUUGACGCUAAUCGUUACUUUAAUAACAGGAUUUUUUUAACAAAAAUUUUUUUAUAUAUCCUUGAUACUAAUAUGAAAAACAUUGUACAUGUAAAAAUAUUAUAUAAUAUACUUAACAAGUGCACAUUUAACAUUAUAGAGUAUUUGGAACUACGAGGUAUCAAGGAUCUUACUGGAUAUUUGGAAGUCGGGCAAAGUAUACAAGUUAGCGAAAAUGCAGUCAGUGAUUACGAUAUAAUUGAAAAUUUUAGUAGACCAAUAGAUAAGUUAAACAAUGUUCAUUUUGUUUACACCAUAUGUGAAGAUGAAUAUUGUAAAAAAAGCUAUGAUGAUAAAUUUAAGAAAAACAUAACAAAUAUUAUUCUCUUUUGCAUACAUUUUUUCCUUUAUUACUAUUUUGAAAUAUUGCAUCAAAAAAAAGAAAAAACUGUACAAACAGAUUUUGACUUUCAUAAAGAUAAUUAUUUUAAUUUAUGUAAUAACCAAAUGCAAAGAGACCAACAGAAAUUUUUUCUUUCUGUAAAAGUUCUGUUAACUAUUUCGUCUUUGCUUUUUAAAAGAUUUGAUUCGUAUGUUAUCGCAUCCAUUUUGAAGAAGCGGGAGAUCCUCUUUGACUGCAUAGUUUGUGUCCUCUUAUACUUGAAAUGCUCAAUUGAAGAUGAAAAUAUCAGCAGCGAAGAGAACAGCAGUGAAAGGACUCAUAUAAAAAGAAAAAGGAAAAAAUAUUUUUUUCAAAUUUUAGAAUUAACUUAUUUUAUUAUGUACUACCAUCCUUAUUUUGUUUCGCUACUUAUUUUUCGUCUUAGGCAAACGAAACAAGCUAAGGAGACGAUAUUUUUAGAAACUGCAAAAUUAAACAUGAAGGAAAAAUACGUUUCUAUUUGUUCAUUUUUAAAUAGAUUUAUCGAGAAUUAUGUGUGA